UUAUUUCAAUCAAUAAUAUCGAUCGUCCAGAGAGCUAGUUUAGAUCUUUCUUGUAAACCACAUGAAUUCUUCUAUCACGUUUGCUCUUCUCUCUCUUCUUCUGGCACUAAACUCAAACCCGUCGUUAGCCUCUGGGCGCAACCACACAGACGAUACAAACCCGUGUAGGUUAACGCGGUACAGCAGGUAUGUUAAAAACGCGUGCAGCGUAACGCAGUACCAACAGCUAUGCUUUCGAACGCUAUGGCCGUUUGCAGUCGUCGCCGAAAACAACUCGAGCAAGUGGGCCCGCGCUGGCGUCGCGGUGACCAUAACCGACACCAAACAGAUCCUGAGACUCUUGCUGAAAACGCGGAGUCUGGCGGUUGGGAAACGCGAGAGAGUCGCGUUAUCGGAUUGUCGAGAGCUGUUCGUGGACUCCCUGGGGAAUCUGUACAAGUCGCUCGCACUUCUCCGGAAACUGGACGCCGACAGCGAGUUUCAGCAGCAGAUGAGCGAUCUGGCCACGUGGUUGAGCUCUGCACUCACGGAUGAGGACACGUGUCUAGAUGGAUUUGAGGAGACGUCAAUUAGUUCGUGGACGGUGAGGAUGAUCCGGAGGAGGGCGAGCAGGUGUAUGCAGUUAUGCAGCAACGCUCUGGCGCUACUGAACAAGCUUGCUUAUGAUGGCUUGUAGUUGUAGUCUACGCCAUUGCGCUUAUUAUUAUUACACACUACAUAAAAAAAACUAUCCAAAUUUUAUCAGUUUUUAUUUACAAAUGUAUGAUCGAUGAUCAGUCAAAACGAAAUACACAGUUACAUGUUAGCCAUUUUGCCCUUCCGCAAGUUUCAUGACAAUUUGCAGACAAUUUUUUCCAGUACUUUUCAGAAAGAAAUAAAACGAUUUAAUGAUGAA